UCCUAGGGCCGGGCAUGCGAUGCUCGGAUUUUCUUCCAGCAACAGAGGGAAAAAAAGAAUUUAUGCGUUUUGCGUCGUCAGGGAAUGCGGCAGUGAUGUGAGCGCCUUCCUCGACCGGAUCGCCCUCCAAGAUCGGUGCGCGUGUCAGAUCUCGCGCGCUAGCUCCAGCGAGCAGCUUCGCGGAGUGGAUCUCUCCAGCGCCGCGCUCAAUCGGUGAGUUCUUCAUCGUCCAAGGGUUUCGACUGGGAUUGCGGCGGGGCGAUCCCUAGGCGGCAGGGUAGCAUCCGGAUUCGUUUCACGGUCGAAAUUUCGAUCGGCGAUCUGUAGGAGCUGGUGCAUGAGGGAUUGGAUUAUCCAUGGUCCGGGAUAGAUGCACAGCACAGGCGCGAUUAGAGAAUGUGGUCCGCGGCUAUUCCGUUUUGCUGGGAGAUUUGGGAGGGACAGGGAUUUCCUCGUCGGGCCAGCGGAAGAGAGUGACUGAAACACGUCCGCGAGGAUUGGAUUGGGGUUUGAGAGGCAAGAUCAGGUGAGCGAUAUAGAAUCAUGGCUCUACGCAGCACGCUAGAGGAGAUUUUGGAAUCGUUGAAAAGAUCGGAUGAGAAGCCCAAGGAUUUCCCUCCGGCAUUGCCUCAGCGGCCAACUUCCAGAGGUCGGCUACCCUCCUCCUUACGUGGUGGUAGAAAGAGUUUGGAUGGUAUUAUCCGUCAAGCAACCGCGACAAAGCCUGUGGAAAGUACCAAUGAGCAAACACCGGCGAUCCACGAAAAUGGCAAUGGAGUAGAGCACAAGGAUGGCAAUGACACUGGCGUGGAGAGCAAGAACAAUGGUGUUGAUUCGUGCAUGGACGUAGAAACACAGCAUGAGAAGAAAGAGUACGAUCUCGUGGAAAGAGAUUCAGCUUAUGAGUCAGCUGAGGAUCUGGUUGGCGAGGACGGAGACUCGAUAGAAGAGAAGGCGAUUCCCGCCGUUCCAGUGGCAGCGAUUGUGGAAAGCAGGACAAAUGCGCGCAAGCGGUGGAGGGAAGACGCUUUAAAGAAGAAUUCACGAGUCUGGUGUAGAUCCACAGAAGGAGAAUGGAUUCUGGGAACUCUUCAAGCUGUCGGAGAUGCGAGUCCUGUCAUUUCUGUUCUGGAUGGACAGGUUAUAAAAGCGGAAACAUCCAUGGUUCUUCCCGCUAAUCCUGACAUUCUUGAAGGGAUAGAUGAUCUUAUUCAACUGAGCUACUUGAACGAACCAGCAGUUCUUCACAAUUUGAAAUACCGCUACAGCCAAGGUUUUAUUUAUACCAAAGCUGGACCAGUUCUUAUCGCCAUCAACCCAUUUAAAAAAGUUCCAAUCUAUUCAUCCGAGUAUAUUGACAUGUUUCGACAGCAUGGUUCAAAAGCCGGUCUUAGUCCUCACGUCUAUGCUACUGCUGACAGUGCUUACAAGGAGAUGAUAACAGCUGGACUAAAUCAAUCCAUUAUCAUCAGUGGUGAAAGUGGGGCCGGCAAAACUGAGACUGCGAAGAUUGCAAUGCAGUAUUUAGCUGCCCUUGGAGGUGGAGGAGGUGUGGAAAAUGAAAUACUGGAAACUAAUCCGAUUUUGGAAGCUUUUGGGAAUGCGAAGACACUUCGCAAUAACAAUUCUAGUCGUUUUGGAAAGCUCAUUGAUAUUUUCUUUGAUAGCGCCGGCAAAAUUUGUGGUGCAAAAAUUCAGACAUACUUACUUGAGAAGUCUAGAGUCGUACAUCAAGCACCAGGUGAAAGGUCAUACCAUGUGUUUUACCAGCUGUGUGCUGGGGCAGACGCUGGCAUGCGAGAUCGUUUGAAACUAAGACAUGCCUCCGAUUAUCAUUUCUUAAAUCAAGGGAAAUGUCUUGCUAUUGAGAACGUCGAUGACGCAGGACAAUUUCACCGUAUGCUGAAUGCGAUGAACACUGUUCAAAUAAAUCAAGAAGAUCAAGAAAAGGCGUUCAAAAUGCUCGCAGCGGUACUUUGGCUGGGAAAUGUUGCAUUUUCCAUCAUCGACAACGAAAACCACGUCACUGUAACCAAUGACGAAGCUAUUCAAGUGGCAGCAUCUUUGCUGGAAUGUGGUGCUCUUGAUCUUAUUCAAGCACUCUGUACUCGAAAGAUCCGUGCAAGAAAUGAGGACAUUGUGCAGAAGCUCACUUACCCACAGGCUGUUGACGCGAGAGACGCUUUGGCGAAGGCUUUAUAUGCAAGCUUAUUCGAUUGGCUGGUAGAAAGGAUAAAUAUUUCAAUGGAAGCUGGCAAGAAGCGUACUGGAAAAACCAUCAGCAUUCUAGAUAUCUACGGUUUUGAGUCCUUUCAGAGUAAUAGUUUUGAGCAACUUUGCAUAAACUAUGCAAAUGAAAGAUUACAGCAACAUUUCAACCGCCACCUGUUCAAACUCGAGCAAGAGGAGUAUUCAGCAGAAGGCAUUGAUUGGACGAGGGUCGAAUUUGUUGACAAUCAAGAAUGUUUAGACUUGAUAGAAAAGAGACCACUUGGGCUUAUUUCUCUGCUCGACGAGGAAUGCACAUUUCCACAGUCAACUGAGAUUUCAUUGGCGAUGAAAUUGAGCAAGCAUCUGUCAAAGAACAGUCAUUUUAAAGCUGAAAGGGAUACGGGAUUCACCAUACGUCAUUAUGCUGGAGAGGUAACAUACAGUACAUCCGGAAUAAUGGAGAAAAAUAGGGAUUUACUUCACACAGAUAUUCUUGAGCUUUUGUCAUCGUGUAAGAGCUCGCUAAGUCGUGCAUUUUCUGCAAAAAAGGGCGAGGGAUUUAGAAAAGAAUCGCAAAAGCAAAGCGUGUCAACAAAAUUCAAGGGUCAAUUGUUUAGGCUACUACAGAGGCUGGAAAAUACGUCCCCGCAUUUUAUACGUUGUGUAAAACCAAACGCCUAUCAACUACCAGACAAUUUUGAACAAGAUCUUGUACUUCAACAGCUCCGCUGUUGUGGCGUUUUAGAGGUAGUGAGAAUUACAAGGUCUGGCUAUCCUUCGCGUCAUUUGCACCAGCAUUUCGCUGACAGAUUCAGAAUCAUGCUCCAGAAACAGGCUUCCGAUACUCGUGAUGCUUUGAGUGUCUGUAUUUCUAUAUUGCAGCACUUCAAUGUGUCCCCAGAGACAUACCAAGUUGGUCUAACAAAGCUGUUCUUCCGCUCUGGCCAGAUUGCAGUGCUAGAAGAGAAAAGAACGCGUACGCUGAACGGUAUCGUUGGCGCUCAAGCUUUGUACAGAGGUUACCGAGCUAGACUGUACUUCAAGCGUUUGCGUAGAUCAACGGUUCUAUGGCAAUCUCUGGUCAGAGGGAUGCAAGUGAGAGCUAUGUUCAAGAAGCUAAAGCAAAGGCACCGUGCUGCUAUAUUCAUCCAGAAGCACGUGAAGGGUAUAUUUUCUCGUGCGUCUUACAAGGACUUGUUACGAAGGCACCAUGCUACUCUUACAAUUCAAAGGCAUUUCAAAGGGCUCGUUGCAAGAAACGAAUUAAGGAGAUUAAAAAGACGAAACGUAGCUGCUGUCACCAUUCAAAAACGAGUUAGAGGCACCCGGGAAAGGAGGCGUUAUACGAGACUGAAGCAGCAGAACCAAGCAGCGAUCUCUAUUCAAAAACAUAUCAAGGGCCGUAAAUCCCGAAGGAAUUACAAGCAAAAACAAGAGAGAGUUAUUCGCGUCCAGUCAGUUACGAGGAGGUGGCUGGCAAAGAGAGCUUACAAUCUUCAGAAACAACAACUGAGUUCCUCUUCAAAGGAAAUCCCUGUACAGUCGGUAGAACAAAGCAUUGUAGCGGAAAAUGUGGCAGUAAAAAGCGCCAGCGACAGCCUGAAGAUCGUGGAUUCUGGUCACGAGAACAGAGCACUGGCAGCGGAGCUCUUAGCAUGGAAGCAGCGCGCUCUUGUAGCGGAGCAAGCGGUGUGGGACAAGGACGUGGAGAACGCGGCAAUGGUCCACAAGCUCCAGCAGUACGAGCAGCGGUGGUCCGAGUACGAGGCCAGGAUGAACGCCAUGGAGGAGGUGUGGCAGAAACAGAUGACGUCCUUGCAGCAGAGCCUUGCGGCCGCAAAGAGGAGCCUCACCAGCGAAGAUCCCGUCCCUGUCGCGCUCCCGGCGAAAUCCGACGACUCCGUCCAGCAGCAAAACUCGAACUUUAGCAGGGAUCGAGCUUCCCGGCCGGCGCUGCCAGCGGAGGAGUUCGAGUGGGAGGAAUCCGCGACGUCGGUGACGCCCGAGCCGGGAUUCAUCACCGCCAGCACCACGGCUACUUCGAACCAGACUUCGUCGGACAACCACAGUAACUUCCCGCGAGAUUUUGACGCUGGGAAAUCGGUGGUGGGGCAGCUGGUGAAGGAGUACGAGCACAGGACGCAGGUUUUCAAUGACGAUGCCGAUUUCUUGGUGGAGGUGAAGUCGGGCCAAGUGGAGGCCAACUUGAGCCCGGAGGACGAGCUCAAGAAGCUCAAGCACAGGUUUGACGUGUGGAAGAAGGAUUUCAAGGGGCGAUUGAGAGAGACGAAGGUGAUACUCCAGAAGCUGUCUCAUGUGGACGAGGAGAGAUCCAGGAAGCACAAGUCAUGGUGGAGCAGCAGAAGAGCUAACCAGUAAAUAAAUAAUGAAUCAUAAAAAAAAGUAAUGUAAUCUUCUUGUUUGGAAGAAGAAUUUAAAAGAUUUUGGUAUGUGCCAUGAUGUUACAGCUUUCAA